AUGAUUGUGAUGGAAAAAGAGAAUGAUGGAUACCGUCGACUUUAUGGUAGAGGCGUUACUAAUAGAUUGAUAAAAAAAGUGGGUGGUGGUGAUGCAUCAUACAUGAUUCCGGCGGGACUUAUGGAAUCAUUCAAAGCAAAUGAAGUUGAAAGAAAUGAGUUGAUUGAAAUGUGGAAAGAGAUUCAAGAGGACCAUGAAAAAAAACAGGCCGAAUUAGAAGCUAUGCGAAUAGAUAUUAAAAACCAACAACAAAACCUUGAAGCCAUGAUGCGAAAGUUAGCGGAACAACAACGUCGAGAAGGUCGAUAG